AUGGAAGGAGAAGCAAGUGCUCAUUCAGAGAAGAAGGACAGCCCACCUCUUGCCCCGAGUGUCAAAGCACGACGUGACAUAAUCCCAAUAGCCAACAACAAUGAUGGGACCAACAAAGUCAAACCUGACGGAAACACAAGAGCCAAGGAGAAGCCAACAGCAGAAUGUAUGACCACCAACAUUGGCAGUGCCAGCAUGAACAACACCGAUACGGCUGCACCUUCAUCCGUUGCAAAUAGACUUGGCGACACACAACAACAAAGUGACCAGCAAUUCUACUUGUUCCCAAAGGAGAAGCAGGAACAAAUCAAAUGCACUCUGGCUGCAACAUCGUUUGCGGAUAUGACAGCCCAGCUUGACAGCACUCAACGAAGUGGUCAGCUUUCAGUCUUUGUUCCUACACACACGCAGCCAGACCUACCAAUGACGGACAGAGACACAAACAAUCCGCUGCGACAGGCCAAUCCGGUACCAUUGGAAGAUCCACCAGAUACUACGGAAAUGAUGUAUACCCAUCCCGUUGAUCUGGAACCUGCCAAGCAAAGGCAAGGAAAAAGGAGGAGACAAAGGCAUUGCUGCAUUCUGGCCGCGAUGGUCAUGUCGGUUGUCUUAGUUAUUGUCGUGGGAGCUCUGAUUGGAAGUCAAGUGCAAAAAGAACCAGAAGUGAUCAUCUUGCCGCCAACAGAAAGUGCAACAGUUUAUGGUCCUACGGAAUCAUUGGAAGGGCCCUCUGCUGCCCCAACUGGACUUCUUGACUUGCUGUUAGAUACUGGCAGUCUGCCCAUGCACACCUUGGCAAGCAUCAACAGUGGCAGUGAAACUCCCCAGUGGAAGGCAUGGCAAUGGCUAUCCAAUCACCAAAACAUUACUGCUCUUCCAAACUGGAGAAAAUCACAACUGUUUGCUCUUGCUACAUUCUUCUAUGCAUUUGAGGGAGAAAAUUGGCCCCACUCAAUACAUGAACGAUGGAUGGACGAGACAAAGGAGGAGUGCGAAUGGUUCUCCAGUGGAUUUGGAGGUUUUGUUGAAGACGAUUUUGUUGAAUGGCAAGACUUGGGUUGGCCAUCUACCAAUCCUUGCAACAGACAGGGACAAUUCACAAAUCUUCAUCUUGAAGAUCUGCAGCUGUCUGGGCUUUCGCCAUUUGUUCCAGCAGAGAUCACCCUCUUGACCUCCUUGUUGGUUCUCAAAUUGGAUAGAAAUGAUAUUGCUGUACCAAUGCCAGCAUUGCUGCCCUCUGAAUUGUACACCAUGACUUCACUGACUCUUUUGGAGUUGCAUUCCAAUCGGAUCACAGGCCAAAUCCCCUUUGGGCUUGGAGAGCUUUCUUCUUUAACUGAGUUGCUCUUGUCACUUAAUCAGAUCACUGGACCCAUGCCCUCAGAGCUUGCGAAACUGACUGGUUUGAACAUGUUGCGGGUGUCUGGCAAUCUCCUGACUGGCCAAAUACCUUCAGAGUUUGGGCAAAUGACCUCUUUGACUUCCUUGGAUUUGAACCAAAAUCAGUUCUCAGGUCCCAUUCCUUCGAGCCUUGGACAGAUGACAGCCUUAUCAUCCUUGGCUUUGGAUUCAAAUCAGUUGUCGGGCUAUAUUCCUUCAGAGCUUGGACAGCUGACUGCUUUGACUGGCUUGUGGUUGUAUGACAAUCAAUUGACUGGCAAAGUCCCUUCUGAGUUUGGGCAAGCGACUGCUUUGAUUUGGUUGGAUUUGCAAGAAAAUCAGUGCACUGGCAAACUUGCCUCUGAGCUUGGACAUUUGACUGGAUUGACUGGAUUUCAUUUGGAGGAAAACCGGUUGACUGGCCAAAUCCCUUCUAACCUUGGACAACUGUCGGCUCUGAGGUCCUUGUCAUUGGGUGGAAAUCAAUUGACUGGCGAAGUUCCAUCCGAGCUUGGACAGCUCACUGCUUUGUUGGAGUUGUGGUUGCAUGAAAACCAGUUGCGAGGCGUCAUCCCCAAGGAGCUCUGUUGGAUGCAGGCACUGCAUUUUGAUUGUACCUCUAUUUUGUGUGGAUGUGAUUGUUACUGUUCCAAUUGA